GCCCGGCUCUCCCUCCGCCCUCUCUGUGUAUCCCGGCAGCCGGGGUGGCGGCCCAGCGCCUUCCUCCUCCCCCCUCGCCGCUGGCCCCUCCCCUCUCCCCUCUCUCCUGCAGGUAGUGAGCUCCGUACGGGGACAGUGAGAGGAUGGGGUCGGCUGCGUUGCUGUGCCUACUGGCGGCUCUGCCCUGCCUGCUGGAGGGACGGGUGGUGCCGGAGGCUGAGGAUGGCUUCGCUGAGUGCAAUGAGUUCUUCUACCAGAGCAGCCCUCCCCAGGGAUUCGCCGACCCUGCCAACGCCAAGAUCUGCCAGAGACACAAUGGGGACAAGCACUUCGCUACGCUGUACAGCACCAAGGACAAGAUCCCCGUCUAUUCCGCCUUUAUCUAUAGGGAGGAUGCUGCCAGCGCUGGGGGCAAUUGGCUGGUAGAGCCCCAGCUGGACGAUGCAGGGAGCAGUCUGGAGGAAGGGACCAGCAGCGCUGACAUUUCCGACCCCAUUGAAAAUCUUGGUACAAACCAGGCCUUGGAAGGAGACUAUGGUUCUUCAGAUUACCAACCUGGACCACUGUAUCAUAAAGCCCCAAACACCCUUACUAAUAACGUCCCUUUAACAAAGAGCUUCCUGGAUAAGUGGGCCUCGGAAGUUGACCAACUCGUUAAAGACCGCUUGCUUCCUCACUGUGGCAACGGAGAGGGCCUGCAUCUCAUUGUUGGAGCUGUACCUUCUGACGUGAAAAUAAACGACAAAGUGUCCGUUCCAGGGGCCGUGUGGCUGGCAGCGUGCUGUAGCGCCCCCGAGGCCUGGUCUAUUGGAAUCAUCAAGAGAACUGAGGAUGUAGAUAGUCUAGAGGAUGUGAGCGUGGCUGAACUGGAGAAGAAACUUCUUGGAGGAGCAAAUUUGUUCUCCAGCCAAUGUGGAGGAGGAGCUGGCCAUCCCGAGCAGAAAGAGGUCUCAGAAGCCCUGACUGAUUCCGAGCCCCAAGCUAAAGCCUCUGGACCCUUUUUUAGAUUUAUUCAGUUCCUUGUGUGCAUUGUGUAUGAAUUAGUGAAAAGUCUGUUGUGUCUGGUGUGGUUCCUUGUCAAGCAGAUCUGUAACCUGGUGUUUGGAAGAGUGUACUGGAUCUGGACCGCAGUAACCACCUAUAUUUUUGCAUUGUGCAAAGUUCUCCUGAACAUUCCAUGUGAUGUUCUCCGGGUGUUUGCCAAUGUUGUCUGUGGCUUGGCGCGGAUCCUUGACAAUAUCUGUUCCGUGGUGUGUCUUGUACUAAGGAUACCGAUGAGGUUCCUCAGUGACAUGGCCAGCUUCCCAUACUAUACCCUCUGUGCCAUUCCCAGUGUUGGUUUAGACAUCUUAGGUGGCAUCUUGGGGGUCUUUGCAUUAGGCUUCACUGCCGUGUUUGGGGCUUUUGGUGGAUCAUUCUCGGUUGCAUCAUUUGCAGGCAGCAGCAUUUUCCAGAGGUUUGUAGGACAGUCUGAGGGAUACGAAGGCUGAUCGGUGAUAGAGCAUCAGAAUUUGGCCAAUAAUGUUGACUGAUUAUUUUGUGCUGGCACUUUACUGAAAGUCAUUUGUAUUUCCCGUGGGAUCCAUACCGAUUUACCUUUUGUUUCUGUCAUGUAGAUCUACGUUUUGUAUCCACGAGAACCUCUUUAGAUGGGACGCUGGCUUUGAGUAAAUUGUCCAGGAAGGGGCAGCUGCUUUGGCUCUUAUCUGGGUUAUGGUGAUUUGGGGACUCUUAGGUUGGGGUAUACUUAGGCACUUUGGCAAAAUCACUGGUGGGGUCAUGUUGAAGGGCAAAGCGGGUAUUUUCUUUCCUCUCAUUAACUCUUCAGUAAAUGUCCGAUACAAAACGACCCAGUACAGAAGAAUUUGAUGUCUCUAGACCUUCCCCAUCAGCAGCUGAAUAACAGAAAUAUUGAAUUGUACUCCCAUUAGAGCUCGCAGUUGUACGGAUUCAGGCUAGAGAGUAUUCAAGUCUAAAUAUAGGAAAUUAAUGACUUUGUAGGUACCUUGUUGAUGCGAGGGAUUGGACUUCAUUUACAAAGUCACAGCCUUUAAUCCAGGAUAAAGAUGGUGUGUGCCAUAGGGCAGUCUAAUCCACAGAGCCAAUGACACAGGGAGGGCAAAUUAGAUAUAGACACCGGCUCUGGGUGUGACCCUUUUCUAUAUAGGGGAGCAAAGACCCCAUAGAGUCUAUUGUAUUUUAAAGGUUUGGGACUCCCUCUACCUGAUUGAGUUAUAAUAUAUUGAAUUUAAAAUACAAACAUAAAACCCUGAUGCCCUUGAAUAUUCCUACAAAUUAUCAUUAUUACAUAGGAUACCUAUGCUGGCCCAUGUGGCAUUAUGAUUAUUAUGUUAGGGCAUUAUAAUAAAAGGGGGGUGUCUGGCCGGCCAGCCUGCGGAGACAAUAGCAGCUUAGGGAAGCCUGAAAGUGCAGGAUGAGCCAGUAUCACAUUCAUAGACACUAAAGGGAAAAAUAGGAAAAGGGAACAUUUUAAUAAAGGGCAGUGGGGUGAUCCCAUUACACUGGGAGGGGGGUAUUCAAUUUCGAGAAAACCAAAAAGUGUGAAAAAUGUUGACUGCUAGUAACUGGGCCCCUUAAGGUUUAGUUCUCCUUGUGCCAUGUGAGUUCCUCUAAGGUUUUUCGGGUCAUAGUUGUGUAACCAUGUCCGUAGGGUUCUACCAAUCCCAGGGGCCAGGGAGCCAUUGCUUCUACCAUUCCUCCCUUACUCCCAAGUAUUUGUGGGAAAUAUUUUCUAUGUCGUUACCCAAGUGCUCCCCCCAUGUCCCCUAUACCAUGUCUCGGGAUAGCUGGGCCGCUUCCUAACUUUUUAAUACCUUCGUCCCGUUUUCCUUCAUAAGUCGUAGGUCACUUUAGUUGAGCUCUAAAACUGUAGUAGGACGUUCCAUUCCCAGUAAGUGUCCAUCUUCCAUGUACAGAGAAUACAGCAUGGAGCCGCGGAACCGAUAUAGUCUUGGUUUGGAUCACUGCUUGUCGCCUUAUGGACUUCUUCAUUUUUAUUUUAUAUAUUUUGCUGAUUGUUAUUUUUUUUUUUCUUUGAAUAAUGUGUACCUUUGUUCUGUAUUGCACUGAUGAGAAGAGAACAAGUGGAAUUUUUACUGAAUUUAUUGAUAAAAUGCUGAUGUUGUAUUAAUAUUAAAAGGAUGGGGGGAGGGGAUCUGAUUUGCAAAGGGAUUGGGUGUAUUAAUGCAUUGGACCAGGUUUCCCUGCCUUAUUUAUUGUGCUUUCAUUGUAUGCAGCCAGUCUAUACAGCAGUCCCCUUUCUGCAUGCCAUAUGGGUUUGCCCUGGAUAGAUGCCCCAGCCUUUUCUGUUAGAUGUGUGACUUACCUAUAUAGAUGCCCUUUCAUUGGCAGCCGUAGGCUUCUCAUCCAUCCUCUCUUACUUCAAGCAUGGGCACAGACUCGUCAUCUCACAAAACCAUAUCUCAUGGGGGCUCAUCCUGGAAACUAAGGACUGAAUUGUAUCCAGAAGCUCUGGCCCAAGAUUGGGUCUUUGUGUGAAUGGCCAGGCCCACUAUACAGGUACAUUAUGGCCUAUGAUAACAUGCUUGUAUGGCACAAUAAAAAGAUUAAGGAAGGUUUUGGCCAGACGGACUGAGAAAUUAGCAGACAAGGCUAAACCUACAGGCUGAUGUAGUAACACUUUCUUGGAAGAUAGUAACAAUAAGGAAACAUUCUCUCUUUUAGUAUUUUCAUUAGAUAAAUGGAAAAUAAAAAUAAUAUAGUGGUCCUAGUUUGCCAUUCAAACGUCUAUGGAGAUGUUGGGUGGGCUGCUGGACACCCAACCUUGGUUUGGACAUUUUGGAGAUUCCCAGCCAAGGGGCAGUUUACCUUCCCUUAGGUUUCUUAAAUUGUACCCCACUAAUAAUGACAUUCCUCUGUUUCAGUUUUCUAAAAUGUAUGUUACCCCCCACCCCAAAGUGGCUCAGUCAGCCUGGAUUUCUCCCCCCUCCAGCCCCUACUGAGCAUGCUCCCUGAAGUCUGUUACCCAGCCGCUGUUACAAUGAGAUGCAUUAGGGGGCGCCAUACCUCUGAGCCACUUAUGUUUGAGAUUGUACUGACACCCUGAUUUUCUGAGCUGAUUUUCACUGACUGGGUCACUCUGGUGCUGGGGGUCCAACUCCCUCCCUUUCAUGAAAGCAGCCCCUGAGCUGCCUACAGGAAUUUCAAUGGGUUUCCAAUACAGUAUAACAUUUGUGGUUAGGUGGGCUCCAGGUCUAGCAACCAAUCAGCAGGGAGCAUGAACUGGUCUGCUAUGGGUUAACAGAACCUUCCACCUGUUAUUCCAUAACCCCUUUUGUAUUACAUAUGUAUUUUGAUUGGGUGUUAGUGCGUUUCCAUGGCGGCCUGCAAGUCACCCAAGCGGUUGGUCGCCUGAGGCCGGACUGUUCGCUUACAUUACUGUCAGUAUUGCUUGCUUUGUUUACUCACCGCCAUUGGUUUUAUUUUGUCAUUUCUUAAAGAUCCGGAUGGAAGCUUUUAUGCUGUGCACAUUUUCUCAAACAAUAAAUUAGAAUUUGCGUACCUUCAUUAAAA